AAGUUCUACAUCCGGGUCACACAGGGAGCUUUAGGCUAACCCGGCUAACCUCACUGACUUUAAUUUGUAAGAAGAAGAUUCAUGAGUCUGUGUUUCCCCUCUGUGUUUGAGGCUGUCGUCAGUCAUGAUCAGGUCAGUGCUUCUGCGAAGGUUAAACGCCCACAUCCUGUCCUGUACCAGAGGAUCAUGUCUACUCGCAGGUCGGAUACCUUAUGGGGUGAAGCCUCAUUCACCAGCUCAUGCACCCAUCCAGCAGAGCUUCAGUGGACCCCUUAUACCUAAAAUCACAGCCCUGGCCAGGUACUCGGACUUGUCCACAGAGAAGUACAAUAUGAUUUAUACCCUGCCGCACAUUAAGCUCCUCAGAGCCGUGUCGAGGCUCAAACUGCUUCAAACUGCAAUCACAGUGGUCAUCAUGCCUCCAGUGUUUUACUUCUACCUGCAAGGAGAUGUCCCUUUCUUUCUUGUCAGCUAUGUAACGGGCAUAGCGCUGUUUGCUGGUGUCAUGCUAUACACUGCCAGUCAUUUCUUCAGGAGGGUGGUGGGGAUAAUGUACCUGGACACAUCCCAGACUACCCUCAAAGUGUCCCACCUCACCUUCUGGGGCAGGCGCUGUGACAUCUACCUGCCUGUAUCAGAUGUUAUGACCAUCGGGGAUACAGGGGACUCCGUAAAGGAGACAAUACUGAAACUGAAGAGAUACAGCAGUCCACAGACAAUGUAUUUCUCCACACAAUUUGGACGGGUGGUGGACAAACAAGGCUUUGAGAAGGUGUUUGGUAAUAUGCAAUUAUGAAUUCUCCCAAUUGUUAUCUUCAAAUAUAACUUGCGGCAAUCUGUUCUUAUGAAAAACAGUUAAUCAAAAGUUAAUGAUUACACUGUAGACAAUGAAUCUUUUAGUGAAGCUUGUGAUUAAAAACUAAAGAUGCCUCAGCAGGAUUGUGACCUUUUUAGAGUGGAACAAGUGAAGUGACCAUUGUUGAUAGUAAUAUGUUAAGAGCACUCAGAUGAGUAAAUGAUGUGCAAAGAAUAAAAAAGUCAAAUAAUAUCCGUCUUCUUGGUACGAAUGACGUUAUCUUGAUGUUUGUCAAGUGUUGCAUCUGACAACACACCAAGUACUGACAUUCCUCUUAAUAAAAUGUCAUGAUAAGUAAUGACGUAAAGUGUAUUUUACAAACAGUUCAGCACUGUUUGUGACUCAGCUGUGAACAGUGGUCUAUUACGCUUAGACUGGGGGAUUUGUUCAUAUCAUCACAUGGAUUCUUUUACUUUUGUCCAUGCUUUUACAUUUUUACAACUGAACACAACAAUUGUUGUCAGAACAUUGCACAAAUUCAAACAUUGCUUAACAUGUACAUGUAUAAGUUUUGAAUUACUAAUUUCGAGCCU